AUGGACGCGCUGCGCGGAGAGCCCGGGGCAGGCGGCGGGGGCUGCUCGCAGAGCCGCACCUUCCUCUCCCCUCCCAUCUUCGGGUCGUCGCCGCCGGGUUCGACGAGAUCGGGCUUCGCCUACGAGCGCUCGGGCCCGGGGAGCGUGGCGCGCUCCACGCCACCCUCUUCCUCUGAGACGCCGUCCUCGUCUAAGGACUGCACCGCCGGACUGCCUAUUGCGGCCGGGCCGGCGGCGGCGGCACCUCCCUCGGCCACGACGGCCGCCGCUGCCCUGGGCUAUCCUCCAGGUUACCCUCCCUUUGGCCACGGCUACUACAGCUGCCGCCUGGGGCACGGCGUGGGGCUCCAGCAGAACGCCGCGCUGAAAGCGGCCCCGCACACCCCCUUCCCGGUGGAGAAGUACAUGGACGUGGCCGGCCUCGGGGCCGCCACCCCGACCUCGGGCGUCGGCAGCGACGCUUCCUCGCGAGCCAAGGAGGUCUCCUUCUACCAGAGCUAUGCGGCCACCGGCCCUUACCAGCACGUGGCCCCCGGCUACCUGGACGUGGUCUCUAGUUUUGGACCGGCGGCCCCUUCGGGGGAACCCCGGCACGAGACCUACAUCUCCAUGGAGGGCUACCAGUCCUGGACUUUGGCUAACAGCUGGAACGGACAGGUAUACUGCUCCAAGGAACAGGCCCCGGGCUCCCACUUCUGGAAGUCUUCCUUCCCAGGGGAAGUUGCACUAAACCAGCCAGACCUGUGCGUAUACCGGCGUGGGCGGAAGAAGCGAGUGCCUUACACCAAGCUGCAGCUGAAGGAGCUGGAGAGCGAAUACGCCCUGAAUAAAUUCAUUAACAAGGAUAAGCGGAGGCGCAUAUCGGCAGCCACCAAUCUCUCCGAAAGGCAGGUCACCAUCUGGUUCCAGAACCGCAGAGUCAAAGACAAGAAAAUCGUCUCCAAAAUGAAGGACACCGUUACUUGA